AGUGAAUAGUUUAUCGAUUCGAAUGAUGGCCGUGGUAAAUUCGAUCAAUAAGGAGGCCAGUACAGGUGCAGGUAGAACGGAGUAUUCGGAGAACAUGGCUGCAAUCCUGUUGAAAAGUUUGCAUAAUAUCGAAGCUCUCGAUGAGCCGACUGCAAAAUGGAACGUCCCUUUGAGCGACGGAAACCACGUGAUAGAAUUUGAACACGGAACAGCGACGGGUCGUCGAUUGAUAAGAAUAGAUGACAAAGAAUUGGUCCACAAAGAUUGGAUGUUUCAACUGGUUGGAGAUGAAGCGUUCAUGUUCAAUGGUAACAAAUUCGUGAUCAGAAUCGAUCCAAUUCCAGGAUUAAAGUAUUCUUAUACUUUGUGGGUUAAUGGUAAGAGUUACAAGAAUUUCAUCCAGACACAGUCAAAAAUUUUGGAAACCUGGUUGGCUAAAGUUGGGAACGAAGAGUAUAGAAUAGUCUUAGGUAAUUUUAAAAAGGAAAUUACGAUUUUGUAAUUAAAAAGAAAGGAAGCAGCGAUGUUUAU